GUGUAGAAACAAACAGAUAAGUCGUUCAGUUUCAACGAACGCAAUCGUGAUUAAUCCUAUCGAUAAACAUUACGAGUCGGAAAUUCCUCGUGAAAAGUAGCGAAAGAGAGAUGAUUUCCAUGCAAAGCACAGUUUCUAAUCUCGCUAUGACGAUAAUUUUAACUGCUUCAAGUGAACCGUAUCAAUAAAAAUUAUACAACGACCUUUCAGAUCGGAACUGCUCGCGAGAAGUCGUCGUCGAUCAUAUUUCGAGUUAAGGGAGAAACGAAUAUAAAAGGGCUCUCGCAUGACUGGCUGGUGAAAUGAAAAUAAAACGAAAAGUACGAAUGUUGAAACACAAAAUCGGCCAUAAUAAAUCAUCAAUAAUACAACGGCUUCAAUGUAUGAGUAGUGUUAUCAUUAUAUAAAUAACCUUAUCUGUGUAAUAUAAUAAUCUACUAUGAUUGCAUCGAGCUUGCUAGUUCAAUUCUUUACUUAGCGUAUUAUUCAUGCGACGUGCCAAAUACAACACCUUUCUUGAAGAGCCAAACCGCAUCGGAAGAUGAAUUACCUCGCUAUAACGUUACUAAUCGGCGCAGCGUCGCACGGGUUAGGGCUGGACAUCGACGAGAACAGCAUUAAAAUCGACUUAUCUAACAGCAAGCUCACCGAAAUUCAGGAUUUCAAAGAUUACGCUUUUCUGGAAGAAAUCGACUUGUCGAACAAUGAUGUCACCGAGAUCCAAUCCACCGUCUUCAAAGAUAACCUCCAGCUUAAGAGGAUCGACUUGUCCGGCAACAAGAAACUGGAGUUUCCCAAGCUCGGUUCUUUCCUCGAAUCCGUCGCUCAGGAAUUGAAUUUAUCUAAUUGCGAUUUACGGAAAAUCCCUGGGAACGCCUUCGACGACCUGCUCAACCUGCAGCAGCUGGAUCUUAGCGAAAACCCCAUCGACUUCGAAGAUUCGGACGCUUUCGGGACUAUGGGGCAUUUCCCGCAAACCGUGAUCGUUUCGAAAAUCACCGAAGCCGGCUUGAAGAAUGUGUGCAGGGUGCCGAAGAUGACCAUCGUGAUUCUUGAUGAAUCUAAGAACAUCACCUGCAGUCAAUACGUGCAAAGAGAUGUCCUGGAGAACGUCGAUGAAUCCAAUAAUUUAAUGGAUGAUGGAGUAAUCGAAGACAACCACCUUGAUAUUAUGAUGUCGGAUGCGGGCAACGAUGAGAGCCUAGAAGGAAGCGGCGAUGCACAGGAUGUGGAUAGCACUCCGAUCAUCGCGAACGAUGAUGUUGAAAAAUAUAUGGAAGAUGUUGAAGAAGAUGUCAAAGAUGAAGAUACUUCUAUUCCAGUGCAAUUAGCUCAGGGAGAGGAACUAGAGGUGGACUCUAAGGAGGUCAACAAAGAUGACGAAACGAGAAUGGACGAAGUGUUGCAAGUCACUGAAGAUGCUAUCAGAGAAACAACUUUGGACAACGCCAACGAAUCCAUGGGAGGAGAUUUAGAGGAGGAGGAGGAGGAUAGCGCUGAUACCGCAAUAGAUCCAAUAAUACCCACGGCGUUCGGUACCCGAGGAAAUUUCGGUUCUGAAACGGAAGUGGUCGAGGAAAAUGAAAAAUCCAAAGAAGUCGAUGUAUCCGAUGGAGGUGCGGUGAAAGUUCAGGAAGGCGACUUGCAAUCAUCCAACACUCAUGCGGAGAUAGUGACCGCCGUGAGAGCCACGAAUUCAAGGAACGAAGAUAUUAAGACCGAUGCUUCGACAACGCCAUCAUCCAGCUCCAACAUUGCAGUGACCUUGGUCAUAGCUGUGAUAGUCGUGGGCAGCGUCGCCGUAUCCUACAAGUGCUGGCAGAAGCAUAAGAAGCCACGUUACGAUGCAGUCAAUGGCGCCACCACCAAGGAAGAUCCGAACGAGGGCAAAGAACUGAAGGAGAUCAAAGUGGAAGCGGAGAAGAAACCGCUGAUGCCGGACGUUCAACCUGACGAGGUGGAGGAGCUCUGCGAUUGCACAGCAAAAGAGGUCAUCAACGAACCGGAGAAACACACCAUCCCUCCGAUGGAUGAUGACGAUGAUGAACAACCGAAGAAGUAAAUUCAACAAUGAAAUCAGCGGAAUUCCAUAUUUGUAGCAGUAUUUUAAUGAAAAAAACGUAGAGAAAAAACAAUAUGAAAACCAAUCCGAGGAAUGAAACACUGCGUUCGAAUUCUGGACAUAACAACUGCACCUUAAUUAAAUAUAUAAUUAGAUUUUUUUUUAUUUAUUAAAUGUUUGUCUGAUAGAUUUUUUUUUAUAUAAAAAC